UAUAUAUCUACAAGAACGGUGGUUGAGACUUGAGAGAGUGGGUCAAAGUAGGACAAGCAAGCUGAAUUCAGAGCGUGGGUGCAUGUUGUCAACAAUACAUCAAAGCAAUUAUUAUACUUUUCUGUUGAACAACCAAUUGAACUCUCAUUUCUCUCACGUCACUUUUUCUUUUUUAUUGAUUCAGGAAGAAAUUUGAAACUUUAAUUCGUGGAGGAGAAUAAACAAAAAAAAGAGUUGGUGAAACUAGGCAGACAUACAAAGAAAUAAUAAAAGAUAACAUAAAGAAAAGGUAAUAGAAUAGAAUAGAAUUUUUGACUGGGUCCUCCCUGUUUUGUUAACAUUGAGCCCUAAUCUGAACUCCAAUAUAAAAAAGAGAAGGCAACGCUGCAACUCUGCUUUGUACUGGCACAUUAAAGAGAAUAACUACCAAUCAGCUUAGCUUACCCUUCUAGCUAUGAAUCCAACAAGCGUUCAACAAAUUUCAGAAUGCUUUAUAAAGCCUCCAAACCUGCCGAAAGAAGCCAAUCAACCUUAUUACUUGACACCAUGGGACCUUGCUAUGCUUUCUGUUCACUACAUCCAAAAGGGCCUUCUCUUUGCCAAACCACCGCAAGAAGCCUUGGACAUCAUGUAUCUAUUGGACAAGCUCAAGCACUCCCUCGCUCUUACACUUGUCCAUUUCUACCCACUGGCCGGCCGCCUUGCAACAUCAAAGACUGAAGACCCUCCCUCAUAUGUUGUCUAUGUUGAUUGUACUAACAGCCCAGGUGCAAGACUUGUACAUGCUGCUGUUAAUCUGACAGUAUCCGAUGUUCUUUCACCUACUUAUGUACCUUUGGUUGCUCAGUCUUUCUUUGACCAUCACAGAGCUCUUAAUCAUGAUGGUCAUUUCAGAUCUUUGCUAACAAUUCAAGUGACAGAUCUAGUUGAUGGUGUGUUUAUUGGGUGUUCUAUGAAUCAUGCUAUUGGUGAUGGAUCCUCUUUUUGGCAAUUCUUGAAUUCAUUUUCUGAAAUUUUUCAAGCACAAGGAAGCGAGUUUCAGAUCGCACAUCCCCCCGAUCUUAAACGUUGGUUUCCUGAUGGUUAUGGUCCAAUAGUCAACCUUCCAUUUACACACCAUGAGCAGUUUCUAGGGCAUUUUGAAGCACCUCCCUUUAGGGAAAGAGUGUUCCACUUCUCAUCGGAAUCCAUUGCAAAACUCAAAGCAAGAGCGAAUUCAGAGUACAAUACCAACAAGAUUUCCUCUUUCCAGUCUCUGUCUGCGUUUAUGUGGAGGUGUAUAAUGCGUACCCGUAAGUUGCCACAUGAUCAAAUAACCAGUUGCAGGCUGGCUUGCAAUAACAGGUCAAGAUUGAAGCCACCUUUAUCUGCAGACUACUUUGGAAACUGUAUUUAUCCUCUCAGAGCUUCAACAACAGCUGGGGAAUUGCUGGAGAACAAUCUUGGAUGGGCAGCAUGGAGGACGCAUCAGGCUGUGGUUAAUCAGAGUGAUGAAAAGAUCCGGGAGUCUCUUGAAUCAUGGCUUAAAUCUCCGAUUAUAUACCAGAUUGGACAACUGUUUGAUCCGUUCAGUGUGAUGAUGGGCAGUUCUCCAAGAUUCAACAAGUAUGGGAGUGAAUUCGGAUUAGGGAAAGCUUUGGCUCUUCUUAGUGGCUAUGCACAUAAGUUUAGUGGCAAAGUGUCAGCUUAUCCAGGACGUGAAGGUGGCGGAAGUGUGGAUUUAGAGGUGUGCCUUCCUCAAAAUCUAAUGACUGCUCUUGAAGAUGAUCAAGAGUUCAUGGACGCUGUUUCUGUGUCUCCUUGGUCAAAUUAGUUUUGCCACUACUCUGCUCUGAAGAUGAUCAUGUAUCUCAUAUGACCAAAUGAUAUGAUAUUUGACCGAGUUGAAUAAAGAAUCACCCUUGAUUAAAUCUAUAAUAAGAAGUUGUUAGGCUUUUAGCAAAUUGGGCCUAAGACAAUGCUGGUAUUUACAUCUGUCUAGCUCCUUAUUUUAAGGCCCAUAUUUAUUUCUCAUUAGGUUUGGUUAGGCUUGGCCCAGAUCCAAACUUUUUUGUAAUUUUUCCUUCUAAAAAUAGCUUACCAAGAAGAUUCCCAGCUUUCGGGGACAUUUCA